GGAAGGGGAAGGUGGCUGGAUGCCUGCCUGUCAGUCCGGGUGUCCGCGAUGUUCUCCGCCGAGGGCGAGGAGGAGCUGUGCGCCGCCGGGGCUUCCCUCACGGCUGUGCCCAGCCCUGAGGGAUGCUGCUGGUACGUCCCAGCCGCCGCCUGAAGGUGGCCUUGCCCCGCGGCGAGUUACCCACCCCUAUCCUGGCGCGGGGGGAUGGACUCGGUGUCCGGGGGACCGCUGAGGGGGCGCCGGCCUCCUCGACCCUGACGCGUUAACAGACUCUUGUGGGGCGCGGCGGCCUGAGUGGGUUUCCACAAGCAGUCGGUAAAAUACGGGUGUCGGAGGGACGCCGGCUGUUGAGCCCUGCACUUCGGACCAGAAGGUGUACACAGACCCUGGAGGGUUUUUUUCAGCUGAAUCACCUGUAUCUUGCUAAGCAAGAAACCAAAUUCAAAUUCUCUUCCUACUGCCACCCCCACCCCUCCGACUGGAAAAGCACAGUAGAGGCUCUCUGUUUACUUCAAUGUCAGUUUGCUGCUAAUGGGUGUAAGUAAAUUAGAUGUCUUGUACAGAAAGCUUCUCCUUACCAAACUUUUCAUCAGAGGAUGGGGAAAGCCAGAGGAUCUGAAAAGAAUAUUUGAAUUCAGAAAAAUUAUUGGAAACAGGGAAAAAUGCCAGACGCUGGUUUCAAAAGAUUACCCAGUGUUCAUUGACAAGGUGGAGGAGCAAUCUGACUGUAAAAUCCUUGAGGGGCACUUUAUUUCCCCAUUGGCUCAUUAUGUCCCAGGUAUCCUGCCAGUUGAAUCUCUUAUAGCAAGAUUUCAGUUCAUCAUACCCAGAAGAUGGAACAGCAAGCACAGACCUGUUUGCAUUCAUUUAGCAGGCACUGGAGAUCAUCAUUUCUGGAGGAGACGCACACUAAUGGCACGCCCAAUGAUUAAAGAAGCCUGUAUGGCUUCCCUAUUGCUAGAAAACCCUUAUUAUGGCUGUAGAAAACCUAAGGAUCAAUUACGGUCAUGUUUAAAAAAUGUCUCGGACCUGUUUGUGAUGGGAGGAGCUCUUGUUCUAGAGUCGGCAGCUCUUUUGCACUGGCUAGAGAGAGAAGGCUAUGGACCACUAGGGAUGACUGGAAUAUCCAUGGGAGGACAUAUGGCUUCACUGGCAGUGACGAACUGGCCUAAACCAUUGCCACUGAUUCCAUGUCUUUCCUGGUCAACAGCUUCUGCAGUCUUUACUACGGGUGUGCUGAGCAAGGCAGUGAACUGGAGAGAGCUAGAGAAACAGUAUUUUACACAAACUGUUUAUGAAGAAGAAAUCAUUCAAAUGCUUGAAUACUGUGGAACAGAUUCCUUCAAGAUAGGACAAGACUUUGUGAAAAACUUCCCCGACAGUGUGGACAGUCUGAAGGAUGUGGACAUGACUUCAAGAAUGUUUAACCUUGAUUCCUCAAGCAAAACUGUGUCUAAAGAAGCUGUUCACAGUUUUACCACAAGUACUCUAAGUGCCUCAUCAGAAAGACUCUUAGCACAAGAUGCUCCUAAAAUGCAGUGCAUAAAUCAAACAUUUUCAACCAGUAGCAAUAGCAAUAAAAACUUAACCAGUUCACAAGAACACAGGAUAACUAAAAGGAGAAAGAGUGACACUUUACAGAGAGAAUCCUUAAGGUUCAUGAAAGGAGUAAUGGAUGAAUGUACCCAUGUAGCUAAUUUCUCAGUUCCAGUUGACCCAAGUUUAAUCAUAGUUGUACAAGCAAAGGAGGAUGCAUAUAUUCCUCGAACUGGGGUGCGCAGUCUUCAAGAAAUCUGGCCUGGAUGUGAAAUUAGGUAUCUGGAUGGAGGUCAUGUCAGUGCCUACCUCUUCAAGCAAGGACUCUUCAGACAAGCAAUUUAUGAUGCAUUUGACCGCUUUCUUCAGAAAUAUGCAGUUUAAAAAUCUUCAUAAUGCAUUCAAACUGAUCUCAUCUUCCACUUACUGGAACUCAUAUUUGGAAAAGAAGCCUCGUGCAACAUUUGAGUAGAUAGAUGGUCACCGAUUUUGCCUGGUUUAGGUAACAAUUAUCAAAAAUGGUAAAGUAUCAGCACUACUUCCAUUUCAACCAAAUGCCAUUCUGACACACUUGCUUCAGCUUUACCCGUGAAAAACAAAUGGCCGUAUUUGUUAGUGCAUGAAUGGUUCAUGUACUUCAUGUUUAAUCGCAUUGUGUGUUCCUUUAGUUCUGAAUAAAUUCUGGAUUGUGUAUCAGUUGAAAACAGACCACUCUAAGCACUGAAAGAAUGUAAAAUUUGCUGUUUGGCCAAGGUGUUCUCUUGUGUUCAGUAUUUUUCUGGUUUGUUCCAGGUACCUCUUGCUUCCUCAUCUCCUUGCUGUCCCUACUGUGUUGUAGAAUAGCUUUGCCGGCUCUCAGCCUCUUGUGUUUGUCACUGAUUCUCUCUUAUUACAAAUUGAAAAUGAGCUAUAGUAGAAAAGGUAGCAAAAAGAGACUUUCAAAGUUCAAUGAAGAAUGAGAGAGAAGUAUUUUUAUACAAUGAGUUUUGAGAUUUUUCUGCCACUGAAUUAAAUGGUGCCAUUCUGGAAGAAUCAUGUAGCAUGUUGAACAGUUAAACAAGACUGAAAUAAGUGAAAAUGGAGUGUCUAGUAAUUAAUUGUUUACAUGCAUUUGGUUGGAUAACAUGAACUUGUUCUUCUGGAUUUUUUUUUCUUUUAGAACACGUGAGGAAAUAAAAAUAUAAUAUUUUUUAUUUAGAAGCAGUGGCACAAAGAGUCUGAUUCUAAGCAGUAAAGUCACCAACAGAUUACAUGGUGCUAUAAAGGCCUGUUUUUUAGGUCCUUUUUAAAGUGUACUCAGUGCUGAAUUGCAAAAUACAGUUUCACAAUAACAUUAAACAUGCAUGUGAGACUAAGGGUUAUCAAAAUGGUUAAGUUGGCUCCUUAUUUUUCAACACUUUUUUUUGAGUGGGAAAUUAAAAUUAAAAAAGUAUUUCAUAAAAUCCAAAGUCUAUUGUUACAUCUUUUGGGGAUCGAAAGUGCCAGCAAAUUACAGUAGAAUGAAAAGUUGUCAUGCAUCAGCUGUCACAUCUUAUUUCAUGGUAAUCUCCUGUAACAUUCUUUUAAAGCUAGUUUGCAGAGAAGUUGCAAACUGGAACACUUCAGUAUUAAUUUUAAUACAAUAAUGACCAGUUGCACAGAAACAAAACAGAAAGAUCUAGCCAUUUCUUGGAGUAUGUGACUCCCACACCUUUCAAAUCAAAGCAGUUCAUUGAUUUUUGUUAUUAGUGUAAAGGUUUUUAAUAGACAAAGUAUGAAGCAAAUAAUACUCAGUUUGCGUAAAUAUAUUGUCUUGAAUUUUAGUCUGGCAGACAGGACUGGUGUAUGGGAAGAAAACACGGUUCACUCAAAGAUCAGAAAGUUCAGGUAAAACUGAACUGCAACAAUUUGCGAUAACCCAAAUUAUUUAACAUACAAUUUACUGAAAAUGCAGAAGAAGUUACAUUCUGUUGGAAGUUAAGUUGCUUCUUUCAAGUGUUUCUUUCAUAUUUUCUUUACACAUUUUGGGGUUUUAUAUAUAUUAGGAGCAAGUGUGAUGUGACUAACACAUUUAAAUAUAGUAAAACACAAUGUUGGAAGGUUAGGAAUCAAAUGUAAGUAAGCUCACAAAUUUAAAACUGAAGACUUGAAUACUAUACUAAAAGAUUUGUGGGGUUUAUGUUUUACAAGCUCAUUCAUCUACUAAUGGUGUUUUACAAUACCAUUGUCUGCUGUUCACCAGCUUGUUUAGAUCUCACAUUGUAAAUGUAUUUGUGUGCUUUAUGUUCUGUUUCUGUUGUACCUAUGAGAAAAGGAGAUAAGUGAUGGCAAGGGAAAGGCAUGGAUAGGUGGAAAAGAUAGAUUUUGUAAGGAGAGGCGUAAGCACAAAAAACAUCAACUUCUCUACGCUACAAAAGUAUAACAUGCAAAGUAAAUGUUUUCAAAGCGCACAAUACUAGGAAUUACACAACUGAUGGGAACUUGACAUCCUGAGGUUAGUGUUGUGAUGAUAUUACUAACAAGGUAUAAAUUGCCAAAAGGGCGUGCAAUUCACAGAACCAGAUUUAUGCUAAGGCAACUCCUGCUUGUGGGAGUGACUUCUGGGAUAAGUAAUGAAAAACUAGUCUCUUAGAAGAAUGAGAAAUCACACUUUGUUACGUGACUGAAGUAAUGUUGCCAAAUAUGAAAGCCCAGUAAGAAGCAUUUAAGAAAUUUCUCAGGUUAGAAUAACGAAAAGGGAAGAAUGAGCUCUAUGAUCUAUUCCUGCAGUUAUCAGACAUGGGAAGCUUUUAGCUGGUCUGGGAAGAGGGGGAAUAUUGCUGUGUAAAUGUUUUUAAUCUUUGGAAAAUUGACAUUUUAAACCAGAUUUUAAGAUUAAAUCCUAAGAAAACAUAAUUGUUAAUCCACGUUGAUGUUGAAUGAUAAUGUGAUUUUUAAUACAGCUACUGCAUGAUAAAAAUGUUGGAAUAAGGUUCUUGCGCUAAAUCCAAAGAGUAGGUAAGCCAUCUUGUAUGUCUUGAAUUUAUUGUAAAACUGGCCUUGAUCAUUUUUGUUUGAAUGUUUUUCAAUUAAAAACCAAACAAACCAAGAAA